AUGCUUGAAUCAAAUAUUCAAUAUGAGAAUGAAUUAACUGAAGGUAGUUUUGAAACUACUAAUGAUACCAUUGAUUUAACAGAAAGUAUAUCAACUAAGCCAACAGUCGAACUAACAAAUACUAGUGAAGAAA